CAUUACUUCCGGUUUUCUUUGCCAUUUUUCAAUCAAACUUACCACAAUAAAUAUGGAUAUUCUGAUGAAAUUAGUGCCCGAUCGGAUAAAAAAUCUGCCUACACAUAUGGACUUCGAAGGACAGAAGAAGGCAGAAAGGUUAUUUCAAUUCAUCAUUGUCCUAUUUGCUGUGGUUGGCCUAGUGUGGGGUUACAUGUGUCAGCAGUUCUCACAGACAGUUUACAUUCUUGGUGCUGGAUUUCUACUCUCAUGUCUGCUGACGUUGCCUCCAUGGCCCAUGUACAGAGUGAACCCAAUUCAGUGGCAGAAACCUCGCGAGGAGAAGGAGGAGACAGAAGCAACACCAAUACCAGAAAAAUCAGGCCAGAAAAAUAAGAAGAAGAAGUAGGGAACUUCGUAAAGUCACAUCCAAUGUGUAAAAAUGCUUUUAUUUGAGGAUAUAUUGGUUUUGAGGAAUGGAGUGCCUGGCUUAUUUGAACUGUUGUGUUGGGUUUGGGGGUUUAUCAGUUCUGUGACCUGUCCUGUACUCCCUUGAAUGUGCAGAUCGAGUGUCUUAAAAUUUCACUUCUUAUAGUUGCAUUGUACAGUGAGGGCUGUCUAAAAAUAGAUUUUUCCUCCAGUUUUUGCCAGGUGGAUUAAAAACGUGCUGAAUGGAUUGUUCUUUAAGCUGACGGGUCAAAUAUACAUUCCCGAUUAAGACCAACGCCCAGCUCUCGGGAAUGUUUGUGAUGUGCAUUUGUCUCUUCUUUUCUACUGAAUUACCCCCAGGGCACGAAUCGAAAUGGUAUUUUGGUAAUGCAAAGAUAAAUUGAAUCAACUCUUUGCUAGCCAACAUAUCACUCUAAUUUCUUCGGUUUAUCAUCAGGAAAAUUUAUCUCAGGACACUCUCACUUGAUGUGCACCCUACAGUUUCUGCAGAGAAUGCCUUGAUGCUUUUGAUUCAUGCACUGGGGGUAAUGAGUAUAUUCAGGAGAAGAUCCAAAUGCACAUGAACAUUCCCGAGAGCUCGGCUUCAGCCUUACUCGGGAAUGUAUAUAUAUUUGACCUGUCAGCUUUAAAUAUCACAUAUUUUCAUGGAAAGAAAACCAUGCCAAACUGAGGUCAGUUCUUUUUGAGAUAGGCCUGACUGGUGUACGUGUAGGAACUAAUUACAAUACAAGAGCUGUGAAUUAUCCAACAAUAAAAGUUAUUAUAAAGUGAAGGAAGCAGAGCGAAAUGGUGUGCCUUUUGUGUUCAGGACAGAUUCAUAGCUGGUCUUUCAACUUCAUUAACUACAUGAUGCGGAAAGAAAUAUCUAAUUGAAAGACUGACAAAUUCUAAUGUGGAUGUUCAGUUUCUCAUUCAUGUUCAGUGGCAUUCCUGUAGGGUGUGCUUAUAAGUCAACUCUGCACACAUGAACAUUCCUUGGGCUAACGGCUGUAAAAAAUAGGCUUGUUAAUUUUAAUCAUGUUGAAUAACGAAUUUGAAAAAAGUUUGUCUGUUUCUUGAUGUUGAAAAAUAGCAGCAAAUGGAUUUUAUGUGGUAAAGUCCCUGUAAGAAAUAGCCAGCGACAGUCCGAAUCACAAUUGACCUCUUUCAGGGUUCGCGUCAGUGACGCGCAACAUACGUGCGAGUUAUGCGCCAAGUUGCGAGUCAAUGACGCAUCGGUGAUCUCUCUAUGUUUCGUGUAAAUUACCCGCGACCUACACUUGACUUACGCAUGACCUACGUGCCGGGUAGUGCCAAUGACGCAAAUUUAGAGAUGACAGAUGUGAUUUGGACGGUAUUUAUCCACAUUGACAUCAAUUAAAUGACAUCCUUUUUGAAAGUCACCUCAUUAAACCAACAGUAAAACUCAAAGUAAACAGGUUAAGGAUGUAAUCAACAGAGGGCAUGUUCAAGCAUGUUCUAAAAUGUUGAUUUCAAAUGCAUUGCAAUGUAACGGGGUACCAUUUUCUUCAACUAUAUUUUGUGUAAUAUUUAUUUGUAUGUUGUCAUCAGUUUUUGUGAAAGGGUCGGGGGAACUGGUAAUAAAAUUUGUGAAGGA